GCAGAAACUGUUUUGGUGCUAAAAUGUUUCCAAAUUUAUUUAAAACCGUUACUUUCACCGGUCGACACGUGAUAAGACGAUCACUAUCAAGUGGUCAUCAAAUAAUUCCACUAGAACUGUCCUACAAUGUGUACGAUACAAUCCAGAGUAGCACUGUUCAUGGUUCCCCGGUGUUGAUCCUCCAUGGACUCUUCGGAUCGAAAUUCAACUGGAAUAGUCUUUCGAAGGCAUUUCAUCAGAAAACUAAACCUACUAGAGCCAUUUAUUCUAUAGACGCCCGUAACCAUGGUGAAAGCCCCCACUCGGAUAUCCACUCAUACGAUCAUAUGGUCGCUGAUCUGGUAGAACUUUACAGCAAAUUGAAUAUCAAAAAAGCAUCCAUAAUUGGCCACAGUAUGGGUGGUCGUGCCAUGAUGCUACUAGCUUUAAAAUACCCACAACUCGUAGACCGGGCCGUAAUAGUGGACAUCUCUCCCACUACCGGUUUAGGGACAAUCAACACCGAUAUUCCACUAUUUCUACAAUCGAUGAAACUCAUUCGUAUCUCUGCCGACCAAACGAUUCAUCAGGCGCGCAAAACCGCCGAUGAACAGCUAGCUAAGAUUAUCGAUUCGAAGCCCUUGCGGGACUUCCUUAUCACUAACCUAGUCAAAACGGAAGCCGAUGGCACCUUUCGGUGGAGAAUUAAUCUGGACGCCUUGGAACGGAAUUUUACGACCGGUGUGGCUCGGUUUCCCGAUUGUAGCGGGAUGCAGUAUACCGGUCCGACCCUGUUCAUCGCCGGUGGGCGGUCCGAUUAUAUAAAAGAGUCGGAUACUCCGGUCAUCAAGCAGCUAUUUCCCAACUCCGAAAUCAAGGUGGUAGAAGGUGCUGGUCACUGGGUGCACAGUGAAAAAUCUGCCGAAUUCGCCAAACUGGUCGUAGAUUUUCUCAACGCGGAUUCGUUGUAAAAAUAAAAAUAAAAUAAAAAAUUUUAUUCCACCUGAAAUUAGCAAAUUAAAAAUCGUUCUGAGACU